AUGUACGCGGAACCUCUCUUCACCACGGAUAACGAGGCUGAGGAGAUCGACCAGACGCCGCCGCAGCCCCAGCUCCCGUCUCCAGUCACGACACGGGAACUGAGGUUCCACAUCAUCGGCACACCUCCUCCACCUUCAGCUGCAGCCUUCAAGUUCUACUCUCACGAGCACCAACCUUUCCUCGGCGCAGCUCCUGGACACGCGACAUCUGGGACUCCAUUUGCAAGUUCUACGAAUUCCGUGAGGCCCUCAUGGGCUAAUGGUACAUUUCACGGCUCUCCCAAGCAGCAAUCAUCUCCCGCCCCGCCAACACGGCCUUUCCUGACUGCUUCCGGGAAUGGCCUUGGGCAAGAGCGCGCCACUAAGAGAUUCAAAUUCGACGAGACGUUCCAGGUCCUGGUCGGUAGUGGUGAGACUACCUUCACGGUCCACAAAGAUGUGAUUGCGCAUCGCUCCAAGUUCUUCAGUGCGGAACGCUCGGGAAACGCCACCGAACAGAAGCCUGUCCUCCUGCCGGAUGUGGACGCCAACGUGUUCAGAUCCUACCUACAGUGGGCUUACGGCGAUGAGGUGGUUAUUCCUGCCGCAAUAGAAGAUACGCAGGCAGGAGAGCAGCCUCAGCACUCGGACGACAAGUUGAAUCUGGCCAAACUCUACGUCUCGGCACAGACUCUCGGCGACGUGAAGCUGCGGAACGCCACAACGGAUGGGUUUCUAGCCAUGUCUCGCGCAAUCGAGAGGGACAAGAAGCCGAGCAUCUCCUGCAUUGAGUUCUUGUGGAACAACACGCCGUGGGAGAGCAAGAUGCGGAGAGUAGCGCUGGAGUGGUUGUUCUCAGGGCUGCCUGCGAGCACGGAAGUUGGAUGA